AAUCUAUCAACACUGCUCUUCUAAGUACAACUUGAACCCUGACUGCAACGUUGGCAACACGUCUGCCCUUCUGCACGCCAGCGCAACGACUUCUCCACGCGUAGCCAUUGCUGGCAAGGUCAUAUACACCACACCUGGAUCUGGUGGACAACUGCAUUCUUUUGUGUUUUACUGUGAAUCGCUUUGAACCAUGACGGUUGUAUCUUUGCCUUUGACGUUUCAGAACUCGUUCUGGUCUCAAGACUACAGGAAGGGCCUCGAGGUGUUGUUCAGUCAGCUGGAGCAGGGCAUUGCAGAGAAUGAGGAUAUUGUCACUUUUAUUAGGUCUCGAGCAGCAGCAGAAGCUGCGUUAGGUGCAGCUCUCACGACGCCGCCGGCAGGAACCGCGUUCGACGUCGAGGAUGGUGCUUCGUUGCGAAUGGCCUUUCUAGGUCUGAAAGAAGAGACCGUUGCUCAGGGAAAGAUUCAUGACUCUAUCGCCAAGGACUUGCAAACCAAGGUUGCUGGCCCGUUUGACGAAUGGGCGGAAGGUUACAAGGAACGUCUUCGAGGGAGCAAAGCAAGCAUCGUCAACGGGUACUUGCGUGCAUAUGAAGGCGCUCAGGGCGAUGUCGCUCACCUAAAGGACCAAUAUCUUGCUAAGACGCGUAAAGCGGAUGAAGCUGAGGAUGAUGCCCGCUUUGCACCGGUCUCCCAACCUGUGGGAGACAAGUACACCAGCUCUCCAGUUCUUGGCCCCCGAGACAAACGUCCUCAGCAACCGCGCGCUCCGACUCGCCAACUAACUGUGUCCGAGCGGAUCACAGCCCGACUGAAGGAAUUCCGUCUCAAUACUGCUAACACCGCACCGCACGAGGUGAAGCCCGAAGUGCAGUUUGAUGCAGAUGCAGAAGAAAAGACGACUGAACCUGUAGCACCUAAGGUGGACAAAGGUAAGGGCCGCGCAGUCGAACCUGAGACAUCUCCAAUCAUCGCGUCUCCCCCUCCGCUGUCUCCACCACUUCCUCCAGCGAGACUUAAUACGGAUGUGCAACCUACAACCACUGGACCUCCCAUCGUCGUUGCAGGGGUCUCCUUUACUCCUGGUCAGUUAUCGGCUUUGCUCACAAAGGCCAAGGAGACAUUGCCUCUCCGUCCUGUUCGGUUCCCUGUAUUGGGUGAAUAUCAAGACGCGUUCACUGGCGAGGAGUUUUCCAACUGGUUGAGAGACCAUGUUAAACAAUACAACGACGACCUUGACCGCGCGGAAGAUGCUGCGAGGGAAUUGACCGAGAAGUUGAACCUCUUGAGAAGACUCGGCGAGCUCGGCAACGAAUUCGAGGAUCUCGAUGAUGCUUGGUAUCAAUUCAGAGCCAAGGCUUUCAAUCUCGAUGGUUCCAAAGGAAAAGACGUUGAGUCUGCUAUCUCACCUCUGCAGAAGAAUCUUGCCCCCAUCGCAGAUGGGGUAGCCAAGCGGACAGGAACGUUCGCCAACUUGGUUUCGAAAGCGCUGACUUCUAAUGCUACCAAUGAACCACCCUAUGUCCGGGCGCGUCGCGAGGCCGACGCCGCCGACCAAGAGUAUCGCACUGCUAUCAGAAAACUUGAUAGACAGAGACUUGGUUUGGAGGAGAGAAUUGAAGAUACCCUCAAGACAUUGCAGAAGUGGGAAUUGGACCGACUUCGUGCUGUCAGGACAGUGCUUUCACAAUACCAUGCUUGCCUUGAGGGUUCGCCGCAAGUGAUUGGGUCCUCGUUGGAACGAUCUUCAACUCUCAUUGCUUCAUAUCAACCUGAAGCUGAUCUCAGAGCCCUCAUUGAGCAAUACCGAACUGGACCAUUCCGUCCUACGGCCCACGUCUACGAGUCCGUAGCUCAUGAUGAGGCGGAUGUUGUCUUCGGUAUCGACCUGAGGAAGUGGGCGGACCUGGGUGUCUGGAGUCCAGCUGGUGGGUCACCGGAGAAUAAGGAUGUCAUUCCACCCGUACUGGUUGCCUUAUUCACCGCUUUGAAGGAGGCAUAUGCCAAACUUCCCAGCGAUGCAGAGAAGCGGAAGACCUGGAUCUACGAGGUUCCUCUUCCCGCCGUCCACCACCUCCGCGAGACUCUGAACUCCGUACCUCCGGAACAAGAUAUUCCCGACGAUGUUCUUUCCAAGUAUGAUCCUCCAGUUCUCGCCAGCGCGAUCAAGCUUUGGGCCUUGGAGCUUGAUCCUCCUCUUUGCAUGUACGAGGGAUGGGACGAGUUCCGCAAGCUAUAUCCCACAGUCGGAGCAGUGAAAGCGCCUGAAGGACAACCCUCUGAGGAGCAACAUAUCCAGGACCUUCAGGCUGCUCUUCAAAGGUUGCCUAGAAUUCAUUUGUUCGUCUUGGAUGCGGUUGUGAAGCAUCUAAAGCAGCUCAUUGAUAGUACUGCUGAGGGUGAUGAGCCCAAUGACGUGUAUAUCGCAAAAUUGGCUCUCAGCCUCGGUCGCUCUAUCGUCCGGCCAAAGGUUGAGAAUGAGUUCUCUAUCCAGGACCGUCAUCCUACCCUCCUAUUCAUCGACUUGCUCAAGAAAUACGAUCAGAUUCUUCCCCCGACAAUUGUCAAGAAGAAACGCGAAUCCGAACGCAAAGUGCCCGUCCGUCGCCGAACUCGUCCUGUCGACAUGCGAAUGAGCCGUAGCAGGAUUUCUGCCGGAGCAGACCUCAAGGAACUCGCCGCCGCCCAGAUGGCUCACCGAGGCUUGAGGUCUCCUCCACCAGUUCCUCCUCUUCCAGCCAUACCCAAUGUCCCAGAGACGAACAUCAUUCCGCCUACGCCGGCAGUUGCUGAGACACCUAUGGUUGGUGCGAUGACAGCGGAGCCUGAGACUUUGCAUGAAGAGCCUGAGGACAUUGCUAUCCACGAUCAGGGGAACCCCGAGGCUACCCCAGCACCUGAACCUGAACCUGUAUCAGUCUCUGCUCCUGCUGUACCCCCUCCUCCUCCCAUUACUAACGCGGUCCCGCCUCCGCCGGCGCUUCCGAUUUCGGUUCCUCCCCCUCCCCCUCUACCUCAGUCAACGGAAAUACCACCAACUUUCAAAGAACCUCCGCCUGAAGUUGAUGAAGACCUGCCUCCUCGUCCCACGUUCAAGGAGCCUCCACCUGAAACAGAGGAAACACACGAACUGCCGAUGCCCAACUUCCCGGAACCGCGGUCUGCUUCCCCACCUCUUCCCAUGCCCAGCUUCGUCGACCCUCCUGAAGAGCCUUUGACGCCUCCAGCAGGUCAAUCUUCCCCGUCUCCCUUCACCAGUACAUCCCCAAAAUCCAGGUCUCCCCCACCUCGUAAGCCUCCUUCACGCGCCGGAUCGAUCUCCUCCCGUAGUACGUCUCCAAGCAAGGCCGACGCUCAGGCCCAGGCCGCGGCCGCUGCUCGCGUUCGAGGACCCCGUACGACAGGUGGACCUAGAGCACCCGGUGGUGGAGUAGCUGGCGGAAGUGUGGGCAAUAUGGUGAAGAACUUCAAUAACCGAACGUCCGCAAGCUUUGCUAAUGGAACGAGUAUUGGCAGGCCCGGUUCACCGGCAACUAGUGUAGGAGGGACGGGACUGAGUAGGAGUGCUGCCAGGCCGGUGAGUACUCAUGUGAAGAGAAGUAGCGCGAAUAGGGCGAGUGUGUUUGAGAGGAGGACGAUGGCGAGUGACGCUGAGGAUGAGGUUGUUCAGUGAGAUGAGCAUUUUCUUGAUGAGUAUGUUCAGAUGGGACUCUUACUUACAUUAUGCGAAUCUUUAUGGGUGAUAUUAUGGCUCAGGACUCGGAGUCUUGAAUGAUAUGUUUUCCAUUCGUAACUGCUAGAUACUCUCAUGUUGUUUCCAUGCUCGCAAUUUCUACAUGUCUACGAUCGUUGACACCGUGGGAAAUACUGUAGGCCCAUAGAGUACUGUCCUGGAAUGACCGUUCAUUCACGGCCUGUGACGUGUGACGAAUGAAAUCGCCAUUCACGA